AUGCAAGGGGGGCAGAUCGCGGUGCCUAUUUGCUCUGCGAAUACUCGAGAGGGUGCGGAAGAUGACCUCAUAGCUGCACUUCCGGGCAUCAUAGGGCACAAGCGCAUCGAGCAGUUUAAUUCCGAGGUCGCUGGGCACCAAGGGCUUCUGAGACUGCUUGACGUCCACUGUGAAGAUCCCACCGCGUGGAGCAAUACUCCCGGUGUCCGUGGCGGGGUGCUGGCCACCUCCGUGCCCGAGCGACGAGCGCGGUUUGGCGCCAAUCGUUUACCGCGCAGUCCGAAAAAAAGUUUUAUGUCUUUUGCCAAGGAAGCUGUCGAAAGUGAUCGAAUCCUGCAACUUCUCAUUGGUUCGGCAAUUUUAUCCAUUUUGCUCGGUAUGACGACGCCGGACUAUCGCGAGGGGAAGGUCGAUGUAAGUACGGGGUGGGUGGAAGGUGCGGCAAUUUUUCUCUCUGUUUUCAUUGUCGUGGUGCUGGGUGCGUUGAACAAUUACAAGAAACAGGAACAGUUUUCGCAGGUCCUUGAAAGAGAGGAUCAGACGCGACAACUUGUACUCGUUUGGCGCUAUGAAACUGCCCCCGACGGGGAGCCGCUUCUUCGACCGAGGGAGAUACACAAUGAGGACGUUGUAGUGGGUGAUCUUGUGCAGAUAUCUGCAGGCAUGGAGCUGACGUUUGACGCCAUUCUGUUUGAUAACCGUCACGUUGUAUGCGAUGAGUGCAGUGUGACGGGCGAGAGUGAGGAAGUCGUGAAGGACCUCCACCGUGACCCCUUCUUGAUUAGUGGCUCCAGCAUUCUUGACGGUUCUUCCGACGCCGUUGCCGUUGUCUGUGCGGUGGGGGAAAAUAGUUUUGCUGGGGAGAUCGCCAUGACAAUUCAUAGUACCGAGAAGAGGAAUACACCCCUACAAGACCAGCUUGAGGUGCUGGCAGAGCGAAUUGGGACGAUUGGUUUAUUAGCGGCUGUGUUAACGUUUACGGCGCUUUUCCUAAAAGAAGGCUAUCGGAUUGUGGUGUAUGGCAGCCCAUUUUUUGCCAUGAAAUUUUUUGAAAACCUCACCACAGCCAUUGCCAUCGUUGUGGUGGCAGUACCCGAGGGGCUUCCUCUAUCGGUGGCGAUUUCACUUGCUUAUUCCAUGCGUCGCAUGCUGCAAGAUGGAAAUCUGGUGCGACACCUGGCUGCGUGUGAGACGAUGGGUGGAGCCACUGUACUUUGCACGGACAAGACGGGUACCAUUACGUCGCCCGACAUGAAACUUGCCCGUGUUUUCUUUCAAGGUCGGAGUUAUGCGAGGGCGGAGGAUGCUUCAAACGGUAUAAUGGCUAGUCAUGACGCCAUUGUCACGCUUUCCUCACCACGCUCUGCCGCACACCUGAUGGAGUGUGUUGCCGCUAGUGCCUUGGAUCCGGAGUUGGGGCGGGCGCGGAGUAGAACUGGGGAGGCCCUAAUGCAACUAAAGUCUAGUAUGAGUGUCGUCGCGGAAGAUGGGCGUAUCACUCCCUUUUCCUAUGAUGAGGAGCCACUGUUGGCCAUCAUGCGAGAUACAUCAUCCUGUGUUCGUUUUCCAUUUAGUUCCCUUCAAAAAAAGAGUACGACGGUGCUCAAGCUUCCCAAUGGGGUCUGUCGCGUGUACGUAAGUGGAGCGCCAGAGAUGGUACUUGCUGCUUGUCAAAAUGUUGUCGCAGAAAACGACCGCCUGGCUCCGCUGAACGACGCACGACGUGCGUACUAUACGACCAUUCUAAAGGACUAUGCACAGGCUGGUCUUCGUACGGUUUGCUGUGCCUACGGGGAUAUUAACCCCUUGGAAGAAGCUGUAGGGCUCUCUGGCAUGCCCCUGACUCCACCUAAUGUCCCGUUAACCUUCUUGGUACUUAUUGCAUUAGAGGAGGCAAUUCGUCCCGAGGUGCCAAGGUCUUUGGAACUCUGUGCCCGUGCCGGGCUGCGUGUGGUUAUGAUUACAGGUGACUCGACGCUCACGGCCAUCAAUAUUGCGAGUCGUUGCGGUUUGCUAGCUCUGGAGCGACCCUCAGGUUUUGCUACUUGUCACAGCUCUUCAUCACCAUGUUCGCCCGCGUCGUUGCAGGCGGUAGAUGCUCUCAUCGCGGAGGGUUAUGUGCUGAGCGGAACGGAAUUCCGCAGCCUCAAGGAUGAGGAAUUGCUAGAUAAAUUUAUGCGAAAUCUUUGCGUCUUGGCCCGCGCCACCCCGUUGGACAAGAAGCGCGUUCUGCAUCUCUUAAAGCUCCUCAACCCUCUGGCUGUGGUGGCGGUGACAGGUGAUGGCACAAAUGAUGCCCCCGCCCUUAAAACGAGUGAUGUGGGAUUUGCAAUGAAUACUGGCAGUGACGUGGCAAAGCGUGCCUCCGACAUUGUUCUCCUUGACGAUAAUUUUGCCGGUAUGGUGAAGGCAACCAUGUGGGGUAGAAACGUAAAGGACAACAUCAGGAAAUUCCUGCAGUUUCAGUUAACUGUGAAUUGUGUGGCGUGUUUGAUUGCAUUCUCUGGCGCGCUUAUGAACGAGCAAAACAUGUCACCACUGAAGCCGGUGCAAUUGCUCUGGCUCAACCUCAUCAUGGACACCUUGGCGGCACUGGCUCUGGCAACGGAGUUGCCUUCUGAGUCCACGCUUCUCUCGCGUCCGCCAGAGUCUCGUAACACGCCUGUGAUACUGCCUAGUAUGUGGUUUCAGGUGGCAACGCAGGGCGGGUUUCAGUUCCUCACGCAGAUUCACCUGCUUUUAACCGGCAAUAAACACUUUAAAACCAAGCAUGCAGCUGAGGGGUUGCCGAACACGUUCCCCGUCAUGGAGCACUUUGGGCCCAAGCAUCUCUCCAUUGUGUUCAAUGUGUUUGUGCUCAUGCAGGUGAUGAAUUUUUUUAAUGCCCGUCUUUUAAAUCGGGACGAAACCUUCUUUGGGCGCUGGGGCGAUAGUUCAGGCCUGUUGUUGAUUGUGUCCCUGAUUGUGGUCUUGCAGGUAUGCAUUGUGCAGUACGGUGGCCGCCUGAUGUCAACAGUACCAUUAACGACACACGAGUGGAUGGUUUGCAUCGGGUAUGCCAGCACGAGUCUCGUGGUGGGUGCGAUCUCGCGGUGGUGGUGGUGGAAAGCGCCCCGUGGCGAGGGAGGCGGUACUGCACACUGGGCACGGUGGCGCCUGGAGAAUCUCCGCAGUCCAUCGACCGAAAAGCGUAGCUAG